ACCUGACGGAAAUGCUCUGCGUCUUAUAAAUCUUGCAAAGUGACGAUCAGAAAAUAUAUCAAACGAAAGCAAAUCGGAAACUGCUGGAGCUCGCUGGAACAAGUCUCGGCGAGAUGGGUUUCUUAUCUUUCUUCGGAAGGCUUCUCUACGCCUCUUUUUUCAUCCUUUCUGCUUGGCAAAUGUAUAAUGAAUUUGGUGAUAAUGGUGGUCCAGCGGCGAAAGUAUUUGCUCCCAUGGUAUCUGAUUUUCAGAGACUUGUAAAGUCUAAGUUAGAUAUUUCUCCUACUAUCAGUGACAAAGAUAUUGUCCUAUUCUCUCUAUUAUCAAAUGGAAUUGGAGGUUUACUAUUUAUAUUUGGCAGUCGAAUCGGUGCUUAUCUCUUGAUGUAUAACCGGGUGCUUGCCAUUGCUUCCAUAUGGCACGGGUACUACUUCAACAAGGGCAUUACCAAGUCAGAUUUGGAGGCAAUACAGGCAGACUUUUUGCUGAAUUUUGCACUUUUUGGCGCUUUGAUGUAUUUCAUAGGCAUGAAGAACUUAAUUCUAAGCAAGCAAACUAGAAGGAAGCUCGUGAGACCAAAGACAGCUUAAUGAAAUUUGCACUUGCGUGAAUAUGUGCAAGCUUCUGGAUGUUAUGUAGAUUGAUUUGUGAAUCUUGUGUACACCCAAUAUAGUUGUCAAUCUUUGGUGAUGUGAUUUACCAUUUUCUAGAGUAAUUUCAUUCAAAAUUAAAUAGAUAUGUAUGUUUUUGCCUUUUCUAGAUACAGAGACUCUAGUGAAUACAUGUAUAAGAUACAGUGCUAUAAUAUUAAGCUGCCUCAAUAUUGAAAGGUACAUUGUUGCAUCA